GGGGGGUCAUAUUACCGCUUCAGGGCAGGGCUUUUGCGGCUACAUUGAAGCAUACACAGUGGUGACACUACCAUCGACAGCGAGCCCAACACCGCCGAACCUUCGAGACUAAAAUUCCGGCACACAAAUAAUGGCUGACGCAGCACGCGGACGUGGUGGAUUCGGACGUGGAAGAGGCGACCGAGGCAGAGGUCGUCGCGGUCCCCGCAGAGGAGGCCGCAAGGAUGAGGAAAAGGAGUGGACUCCCGUUACUAAACUCGGCCGUCUCGUGAAAGACGGUAAAAUCAAAUCUAUGGAAGAGAUCUACCUCUUCUCCCUUCCCGUCAAGGAAUUCCAGAUCGUCGACUUCUUCCUGCCAAAACUCAAGGACGAGGUUAUGAAGAUCAUGCCUGUGCAGAAGCAGACCCGUGCUGGUCAGCGUACCCGCUUCAAGGCCUUCGUUGCCAUCGGUGACUCUGACGGACAUGUCGGAUUGGGUGUGAAGUGCGCGAAAGAAGUUGCAACCGCCAUCCGGGGUGCUAUCAUCCUUGCUAAACUCUCCGUCAUUCCCGUGCGAAGAGGUUACUGGGGCGCAGCCCUUGGUGAGCCCCACACUGUGCCAUCAAAGGUCAGCGGAAAGGUCGGCUCCGUUAUGUGCCGACUGAUCCCCGCUCCUCGUGGUACUGGUAUUGUCGCUGCGCCUGCAUCAAAGCGUCUGCUUCAGCUUGCUGGUGUCGAGGAUUGCUACACGCAGUCGAAGGGCUCGACUGCAACGAUGGGUAAUUUCUUGAAGGCCACAUUUGCUGCUAUUACGAAAACUUACGCAUUCCUCACUCCCGACCUAUGGCGCGAAAUUCCUGUAUCAAAAGUGCCUUAUGACGAGCACAGUGCUCACCUACAGCUUACAGCUGGGAAGAAAGGGUACUAGAUGUGGGGUUGACACGGUUUCUAUCAUGUAUCUCUGAAAAAAUCAUAUGCCCAUGCAUGUUUCCAUGAACAUACACCACCGAUGAUCGAUGAUCGAUAGCGUAUGACCGGUCGACCGCUCUUCCGCAGGACCCAUGAAAGAUUCUGAUUGGCUGAUUAUAUAAUUUAAAGUUGCGCUGUGAAAAAUCUUUAAUAGAAUUCAUGGAC